AUGGAAGGGAGACUUUGCACCCUUGGGUAUGUGGUAACCACAGAGAAAGCAUUGCAAACGGUUGGAGGGAGGAGGGCCUCUAGGUUGCAACAAACACUAGAGAGUACAUCACUUGCUCAAAGAAUGUCUGUAAAGCGAGUUUACCUAGCAGCCAGAGGAGAAAACUCUCAUGCUUUAGUCCAGCAGGCGUCUGGGGAACCAGUGCACCAGAGCAACAGUCCUGGGUGCUUACAGGUCUCCAGCUACAUUGGGGCCCAGAAAAAAAGGUGGAAGGUGGACUUUCACUUCCAGCUUACUCAGACUCUGUUCCAGCAGCGCCUCUGCUUCUCCCUUAGCAACCGCAGGCUGUGGAUACUGUCUGCGGGUGGGGGCCUGGGAGACGGAGGCCCAGCCCAGGUGUCGGGUGCACCGCGGCCGCAGUGCGGGGCCACUCCGCAAGCGCCACUAUUGCGGCGACAGCGCACACAGGGCCCCAAGCACCCACCCUCCACGCCUGCCGCUGGGUCUAAAAGGGAUCCUGCAAAAAUGAGCCAUUCUCACCCCGCUGGAUUACUUGCAGCAUAUAAUAGCCUUACAGAUAAACACCUGGCAGGAUAUUUUAAUAAUACAAGGAUAAGGCGGCAGCUCUUAAGAUCAGGACUGAUCACAAGAAAUGGAAGGAUACUUUCCGAAAAAGAAUACAAACUAAAUAUCAUGAAGCGGGAUCACCAAAAAUAUAUCCGGGACUGCUUAGCCCAGGCUAUUUUUCAUAAAGUUCUCGAUAUGGAGCGUUACCAUCAACUUGAAAUAAAAAAUAAACUGGAGACCUUAGCUAAGAAGGAGCGAGUUCAGAGAUUUAAGGGAGAGCCCACCAGACGAUCUAUAGAACACAACAUAUCAAUCCUGUCUCCCCACCCACCAGUUGGUCAGAAGAGUAAACUAGGUCAUACUGUUCUGGACGAAAAAGGACAUUCCAGUCCCUUAACAUUGACAGCCCCACGACCAUAUACUGCCCCAGGAAAUAUGCAGCCUCCAAUUCGAUUGCAACCUCUUUCCAGUAAUCGUUCAGCAGAAACUGUUCCAAAGACAUCUUCGGGGUCCAGAUCAAAGACUUCAUUGCUGGAAAAUGAAGCUCCAUUUCCUAUUGGGGGCAAGAAGGCAGUGAUGAAGUUCAGAAACUCUAUGGACAAUCCACAAGUAACCAAUCGAUAUCAACUUCCAAUCAUUAACAAUUAUCUGAUGCCUAUUCCUCUUCCACCUCCUCCCCGAGAUGGAAAAUUUACAAGGGAAAAUAGAACUGAAACAUGGAGAAGGAAAAGAUUUCGUCCAACCACUGUUCCAAAUGGCUUAGAACCUCUCUUUACCCGGGAUUCAAGGAGGAUCCAUAAAGCAUCACUGCAUAGCAAUGCAGCUAUAACAAUGAUCUAUUUGGGGAAAAGCGUGCACCUCUCUUAUGAUGUUUCAGACUUCAGGGAUGAAAUAAAAGUUUAUCAACAACACUGUGGUGGAGAAAACCUUUGUGUCUACAAAGGCAAACUACUCGAAAAAGAGACCUUUCAGUUUAUUUCCAAAAGGCACCAUGGUUUCCCUUUCAGUCUCACCUUUUUCCUGAAUGGAAUACAGGUGAACAGAUUAAGCUCUUGCUGUGAAUAUAAGCAUCGGAAAGGUUCCAGACUUGGAGGCAAACGUGGCUACUUUGGAUUUGUGUGUGUCGAGAGAUCAUCUCCCUGCUACAAAUGCAUUAUUGCAAUGGGGCUUGACAAAAAAACUUCAUCAAAAACUAAGAAAGAAAAUGCUGAGAAAAGAGAAGAAUUGAAGAAGAGUGAAGAGAAGCUGAGGAAGGAUAAACAGCACAUGAUAAUAACAAGAAGGAAAGAGAUCCAAGGGGGCAAAACCUCAGCCAUUUUUUCAGCACCAGAAGAUGCAAUGGGGAUCAGAGAAGUGAGAACUGCUGUGGAAGAAAUGGGAAGGAAACAAAAACCAGGGCAAGACAUUUGGGAAGAUGAUCAGGAAAAUAUUUUUAAAUAUGAAUAUGAAGAAGAUUUUGAAGCAGAUGAGGAAAAACAAGAUGAGAAAGCUAAUGACAAAAGACAGGCUGAUGAUCAAAUGAAUGGAAUGUCAAAGUCACCCUCAGAUGAUGAAAAAGACAAAUUAGACCCUGAAAAGGAGGGUGAAACUUCAUCACAGAAGGCACCAGAUGCUUAUGACAAUGUGAAAGAUGAAAGUGAUGGGUACUCUGAGAGUGAACUGGAAGAAGAUAAACAAGAUAGAAAAACUGCUUCAUCAACAUCCAGAAGUCAUCCAAAUUCUAGUUACAGUGAAGAUAACUCUUCAUUGGAGGGCAGGGAUGCCCACACUGAAAACAGUUCAGAAGAAAGUGCCAGAAGCUCAUCUUCUCGGGAGCUGAGUGAAAAUGAUGAACCUGGAAAAUCCCAUCUUCUAAUUGACAAAUUCCUAGGAAUAGAAACUCAAGAUCAAGAAAUAAUUAAAGCAGAUAAGGAGAUCGAGACAGUGCCAACAGAGGAAAACUCUGAUAAUGUUCUUAAAAAGAAAGUGGAGAAGAGGCCCCAAAUGAUUGCAGAGGGCAUAUCUGUGAAAUCCAAGAUGCAGAAUUCUAAGACAGAAAAGGAAAAGGCUGAGAGUAAGCUUUGGGAAAGAAGCCCUACUAAGGCAAAGGACGGAAAGGCAGGUCCCCUUGGGGUGGAGAAAGAAGGUGGUAAAGACUCUCUGCACCUUGCAGCCAUAGUGCUCCUUGGAGCACCAAAUGGGAACUUAGUGGUGAAGGAAAGAGCAGUAAUACGUUUAAACAAAGAAUCCAUGCAAGUGGCACCAGCAAUGUGUACAUUGGAGAAGAAAGAAGCUAUGGAAGGAGAUGAAGUUUCCCAAACCAGGGGUGCUGACACAAUAGAGAAAAAAGGAGAAGCAGCACUGUGGGGGGAUUUAGAGGCUGAAGGAGUUCCCUUUGGAGAGUGGAAGACAAUAACAGUGACGCCAACAUUAGCAGAAGAACAGUUUAUUGUAGAGAGAGAGAUCCCUCAAGACAAUGUGAGUGGGGCAGGGACAGCAGCAGAAGGGGAUAGACACAUGGGUAAGGAAAACUUAAACCCCACAGGAAAAGAAGCAGACAGAGACUCUGCAAGCCUGAAUGAAGAGGGGGCUUCUGGAGAACAAGAUUUGAUGCAAACAGUUCCUGAGACAGAUAAGGCAGUUUCUGUAGGGGAACAGGGUUCCAAGAAUUCAACACUCAGAUGCAGGGCAGGUUCUCUGAGCUCAGAGUAUGCUGAGGAGGCAGUAACUCUGAGGGAGGCAGCAGCAUCCCUGGGAAAAAGAAAAAAUGAGCAAGGGGAUGCUAUGAGUGAGGAAGAGUCCGAGAGGCCAGACGACACAAAAAAUGAACAGGAAGUAUCCACAGACUUGAAAAACAUAGAACCUUUGGAAGAAGCAACAUCUCAGAAAGACAAUGACUCUGAAGAGGAAACACUUGAGGAAGCGGAACAAACCAAAGAAUGGAAGAAAGUUACAGGAAUGGAAACACCUUUGAGGUUCUCAGUCUCUGUGAAGGCUGGGGUAAAACAGAUGAGUUGGGAGGGCAGCCUUGUAGAAGGAAGGAAGGAAGAUAAGAAAGAUGUGGAAUGGGAGAAGAUUGGGACUGAGACAGAAUUUAAUAGGGAAGAUGACAGGAAAGAAAUGUUAUCUGAGGAAUUAGAUGCAACAAGAGAGAGGAAGAAAGAUGAGAAACCAAAUCCAUAUCUGAGGGAAACUGAAUCUGAGAAAGAAGAGGUUAAAAGGGUAGAUGCACUUAAGCAUGAAGAUGCUUUAAAAGACGGCAAUACAUUUAAAGAGGAAGAGGGUGAAACCAUGAAAGAAAAUAGGUCAGAAGAAGAGACAAAAGCCCACACAAAGGAAAUGGUAUCUGAUACUGAGGAAGAAAUACCCAUGAAGGAAUCUGAGUUGAUUAAAGAUACAGGGCUACCCAGAGAAGAUUCACUAAAAGCCAGAGAAAUUGCCAUGUUUGAAGCAUUACAUGGAUUUGGAAAGCCACUGGAACACAGAACAGCUCCAAGUAAAGAAGAUGGAGGGGAAAGACUGACAGAAGUCAGAGAGACAGAGCACAAAGGCAAAGCAGAGCUGCUACACACAGAGAAAGUGACUCCCUCGGAGGAUGAGGGGUCACAGUAUGAAGAGUGUGUGCUAAGAGUUCCUGAGAGUGAGCUGGCACUAAAGGCACUGGUACCUGAGGUGACAGUCACAACCAGAGACGAGGCUGAGGAGUUUGAAGCUAAAACUCAAGAUUUUCUUCCAUAUGUAGAGGAAAGGGAUAAAGAAGGGUCUUUACAGCAGCAUGAAGGAGUAGGGAACAUGAUGAUGACCCAAGGAGAUGUUUCUGAAGGAGACUCCAUAAUGGCAGGAAAGUUCAAUGAAGAAGCAAUGAGGGAAGUCAUGGAAGAGAAGAAGAAAGAGGAUGGUCCAGGAAAGGGAGUGAUGAAAAACAGGAGCACAGAGGGGGUUGGGAACUUGACAGAAGGAUCAGUUGUUGCUGAGGCAGAUUCUAAUCAAGGAGAAACUGCACAAGUGGCCACAGAGAAGAGGGAGGAGUUGGCAGAUAUGGAAAUUGCUGAAGGGAAAACAGCAAAUAGAGCCUCCUCCUUCUCAGAUGUUGCUGGGGAGGAAAUUUGGCAAAGAGUGGAAGAAUUAAUAGGAAAAACAUCUGCUUCAGAGAGGGUGGGUGUAGAGAAAAUAGCACUGCUCAGAGAGGAGGUGCCAGUCGUGGAGGAUGUGAAAGUGACAUUAAUACCAGAUGUUGGCCUGGGAACUCUGAGAAAACCUUCCGAUCUGGAGGAGGAGGUCCCACAGCUAGGACAGGAUAAGGAGGGAAAGGGAGAGGAAACCACUCUGCUAGCUGGAACCAUGGGCAUGCAGGAAGGGAUGGGGAGCAUUGAUUCAGGGCAGGAGUCAGGAAUAUCUGAAGCACUCAGACUAGAAUUACCUCAGCAGAGAGGGUCAGAGCUGAGUAGAGAGAAUCUACAGGCUGUGAAUCCUGAUUUCACUGAUACCCAGGAGAAGCAAGAGUGUACAGUGCAAACAAAAAACGAGACUGCAGAUGUUUUCCUGAACCACACGAAGACCUAA